CUCUCUCUCUCUCUCUCUCUCUCUCUCUUGUUUAUUUAACAGAACAGCUUAACGUUGCUUUCGUCCUACUCAAAAUUGGCUAAUUGAGUAAAAAGCUUUUCUUCUUUUUCUCCCAGACAAGACAGAGAAAGAAAGAGUCUCUCUUACAGAACAACAACAAUUCCUUCUUCUUGAAGUCUUCUGGAAGCUCUGUAAGAAAGAAAGAAAGAAGCGAUUUCAAUUCAUCUACUCAAUCCUCUCUCUCUCUCUCUCUCUCUCCUUGGUUUCAGACAUCAGCGACAGACGGUGGUGUUGUGUUUAUGGAUCUGUCUGGACGAUUUGGAGCUAGAUCCGGCGACGGUGUACCGUUCCGGGAAGCAGCAGCUCUUGAAUCGCUUCACAUCGGCGGCGGCGAAGAGUUUCGGCAAAUGGUACCUCCGGAGAACGCCGGCGGGUUCACGGCGUUGCUUGAGCUUCCGCCUACACAAGCCGUGGAGCUUCUCCAUUCGUCUUCUUCUUCUGCUUCUCAAGCGACGACGCUUCACUCACUCGGGACAUUGAGUUUUCCUUCUAACCCACUCCUCAUGGAGCGAGCAUCUCGUUUCUCGGUGAUUGCCACUGACAAUCAGCAAAACGGAAAUGUCUCCGGCGAGACCACGACGACGAGCUCCGUACCUUCUAACGAACACAUUAAGACCGAGCCUGCUGAGACCGAGACUUGUGAUCAAGCGGCUGUGGAGAAGCAGAGCAAUCGAUGUGGCAAGAGGAAAGAACUCGACAAGAAGGUGAAAAGCUCGACGAAGAAGAAGAACAAAAGCUCUGAAGAGAACGAGAAGCUGCCGUAUGUUCAUGUUAGAGCUCGGCGUGGUCAAGCAACAGAUAGUCAUAGCUUAGCAGAACGAGCAAGAAGGGAGAAGAUUAAUGCAAGAAUGAAGUUACUACAAGAACUGGUCCCAGGCUGUGAUAAGAUUCAAGGUACUGCGUUGGUGCUGGAUGAAAUUAUUAACCAUGUCCAGUCUCUACAACGUCAAGUAGAGAUGCUAUCAAUGAGACUUGCUUCGGUAAACCCUAGGAUCGACUUCAAUCUCGACACGAUAUUGGCUUCAGAAAACGGUUCUUUAAUGGAUGGGAGCUUCAACGGUGCAACAAUGCAGCUAGCGUGGCCUCUUCAAGUGAUGGAGACAGAACAGUCCUAUCAUCACCGGCAAUUGCAACAACCACCAUCACAGCAAUGGCCUUUCGAUGGCUUGAACCAGCCGGUUUGGGGAAGAGAAGAGAAUCAAGAUCAUGGCAAUGACCACAACAAUUUGAUGGUUGGUUCUACUAGUUUGCACCCAAACCAGGUCAAAAUGGAGUUGUAAGUUUGGGGGAAAACAGUAGAUUAUGAAUGUGUAAAUAUGUCAAAUAAGCUUUGUCUCUACAUAUAUAUUAUAAAUAUAUAAGAAUUUGAUAUCUGUUAAGAAGGUAUUAGUCAUUUGAUUCGGAGGACAACUGGUAUAUAAUAAUUUCCUACUUUUACCAGA